GUUCAAACUCCUUUUUAUUGUUCAACCUUCAUAUAAGGCAUAUUCUCUGCUUGCCAUUUGCAAGUGUUCCGAUGACUUCACCAUGAACUUGGAAGCAUCGGGAGAACCCCCUUUCAAGAAAAGGAGGUUCUUUGCAGACCCAGAGGAAGAAAAUGAUCCAACCCCACAAUGUUUACAAAGAAAGCCGCCUCUUGCAGAGAAGGCGGUCGACAAUGCCGCUAACCAGACGCCCAUCACAAAUACUGCUGGUGCAUUCUCGGUAAAGCCUUCUUCCGCCUCAGAUAAUAAUACUAGUUUCGACGGAAAUGCAUUCCAAAGCAUUGUUGGCGACCAGGUCGAUUCCGAGGCUCUGAGCAUUAUUGGGAGUAAUUGUGGAAAUGAUCUCGAGCAAGCUGUCAACAUGUACUUCGACGGCACCUGGAAGAAAUACCGCACCCCUAAACGUUUAAAUACAACCGCAGCUCCUUUUCUCCCCCGAACACCACCAACAGUUCAAACCGACAACUAUAAGGAACCUCGCCCUCUACCGGUACGGCCCUCGCAGUCACAACCUUCGAUGACUAGUCGUUAUAUAGGCGCUUUCGGUGUGGAGGGGUGGGCUACUCGAAGUGGGACGAACCUUAUCAAACACGGAGACAGUGUCAAGAUCGAGCGCCAGAAAAUUAUACCACCAAGCUUAACCAUCAAGAGCAAAACAGGUACACUGGUGCCAAACCCCCGAGCCAAUUCGGCUGCGGCUAGGAGGGUUGAUGUAAUCGUACGCUUCACCGAUGCUCGAGGGACCGAGAUUGGUAGGCUAGCAAAAGAUACUGCAAAUUGGGUAUCCUCGCUUAUGGAUCAAAAUGUUUGCAAAUUCGAAGGUAGCUGUGUAUAUGCACCAGAGAGGUUGAGGACGAAUGAUACCGUAUUCCUACAGCUGCGAUGCUUCUUGAUGAGUUCUGCUUUUCAAAACGCGGGCUUCCAAUUAUCAGAUAACCGCUCAACCGGCCUUUUCGAGGAGAAGGAAACGAGCGAGGAACGUAAUCUACGCCUGCGUCAAGUGUCACUUGUGCGAUUGUUCCAGGAGAUCAACCUCGACCCGACAAGAGGCAACGCAACCGCCACUAGAAGUGCGAGACAAGGCCUUCUUUCUGCCGUUGAGACUGACAAGAAGAGCAACGAGACGAAGUCUAGCAAUCAAGGGACUCCAAGCUCAUCUCCACCGGCUGAAGACGCCGAAGAAGGACAAGAACUUGAGCAAGAUCAACUAGACGCUCUUUAUCGGAAGGCUCAAUCAUUUGAUUUUAAUACACCCGAAGCUGAGCCGGCAGAGACUUUCAAUAUGACUCUCCGUCCCUACCAAAAGCAAUCGCUACAUUGGAUGUUGGCUAAAGAAAAGGAUCGGAAGAACGAGGUUCGCGAAGCUUCAAUGCACCCACUUUGGGAAGAAUAUACCUGGCCAACGAAGGAUGUCGAUGAUCAAGAACUUCCUCAAGUUGAUGGCCAGCCCAAUUUUUACAUGAACCCCUAUUCUGGCGAGAUGUCUCUGGAUUUCCCUGUCCAAGAACAGCACUGCCUGGGCGGUAUCCUUGCCGAUGAGAUGGGCCUCGGCAAGACAAUCCAAAUGCUGAGUCUCAUUCAUUCCCACAAGUCCGAGGCCGCUAUCCAAGGCGGAGAUAGAUCACAUAAUGCUAUGAAUGGUCUGCGAAGAACCUUUUCUAGAUCUGGCGUCGUCCCUGCACCAAAGACGACUCUGGUCAUUGCCCCUAUGUCGUUGCUCGCCCAGUGGCAAAGUGAAGCAGAAAAUGCGUCAAAAGAAGGCACACUGAAGUCUAUUGUUUAUUAUGGCACCGAGAAGACAGACAACCUUCAAGCUUUAUGUUGCGAGGAUAAUCUUGCUUCUGCCCCUGACGUCGUAAUCACAAGUUAUGGAGUGGUAUUAUCCGAAUAUACUCAGAUUGCUUCUAAGCAUGGUCUAUAUAAAGACCUGCAUAACGGCUUAUUCUCGUUGGAUUUCUUCCGUAUCAUCCUCGACGAAGCUCAUACUAUAAAAAAUCGGCAGUCGAAGACAGCCAAGGCUUGUUACGACCUUUCAGCCACCCACCGAUGGGUUCUCACUGGAACCCCUAUCGUGAAUCGCCUAGAGGACCUGUUCAGUUUAGUUAGGUUCCUUAGAGUGGAACCUUGGAACAACUUUUCCUUCUGGCGAACUUUUAUCACCGUUCCGUUUGAGUCUAAGAACUUCGUGCGCGCUCUUGACGUGGUACAGACAGUAUUGGAGCCUUUGGUGAUGAGGAGAACCAAAGACAUGAAGACUCCGGAAGGACUACCUCUCGUCCCCCUACCCCCAAAGUCAAUGGAAAUCGUCGAGGUUGAACUGUCCGAGGCUGAGCGAGCUGUAUAUGACCACAUCUUCACCAGGGCUAAGCGUACGCUCUCUGCCAAUGUUGAGAAGGGUACUGUCAUGAAGGCAUACACCACCAUCUUUGCUCAGAUUCUUCGUUUACGCCAGACAUGUUGUCACCCAAUCAUGGUGAGAAAUCAAGAUAUAGUCGCCGAAGAGGAGAUGGCUGGCGCAGAAGCGGACGCCGCCGCAGGACUCGGCGAUGACAUGGACCUUCAGUCUCUAAUCGAGAAGUUCACCGCGACUACUGGCGAAGAAAAAGAUAUCAAUGCUUUUGGUGCACACGUUCUCCAACAAAUUAAGGAUGAAGCUGUGAACGAAUGCCCCAUUUGUUCCGAAGAGCCUAUGAUCGAUCAGACAGUUACUGGCUGCUGGCAUUCUGCUUGCAAGAAAUGCCUCCUGGAUUUCAUCAAGCAUAGCACGGACCAUCACCAGGUACCAAAAUGUUUCAACUGUCGCGAGCCUAUAAACGGCCGUGAUUUAUUCGAGGUGGUUCGGCAUGAUGAUCCAGACGCAUUUCACACAGCACCGAAGAUCAGCUUGCAGAGACUAGGCACUAACGAGUCUUCUUCCAAAGUCGUUGCUCUAAUGAAGCAUCUACGUGACCUGCGCAGAGAACACCCUCGUAUCAAAUCAGUAGUGUUCAGCCAAUUUACGUCCUUCAUGUCACUCAUCGAACCUGCACUAACUAAGGCUAACAUGCGAUUUCUCCGUCUCGAUGGGUCUACUAACCAGAAGACUCGCUCUACCAUCCUAAGCGAGUUCAGAGAAUCGGACAAAUUCACAAUUCUAUUGAUAAGUUUACGGGCCGGCGGCGUAGGAUUGAACCUGACGCAGGCGAAGCGGGUAUUUAUGAUGGACCCCUGGUGGAGUUUUGCUGUCGAGGCUCAGGCUAUCGAUCGCGUACAUAGAAUGGGUCAGGAAGAUGAGGUUAAGGUGUAUCGUUUCAUCGUGAAGGAAAGCGUCGAAGAGCGGAUGUUGAAGGUCCAGGACAGGAAGAAGUUCAUUGCUACGUCGUUAGGCAUGAUGUCAGAUGAAGAGAAGAGACUUCAAAGGGUUGAAGAUAUCAAGGAGUUGCUGAGUUAACCUGGCUGUAUAAAAUGAGCUUGACGAGUUGGAUUGCUUUUAUCAUAAUAUAGAGGGACAUGAUCGGUAUACCCCAUGGCGGGAUAGAAAUGGCUUUGCAUUAGGGAGCAUCCCUUGGCCGUCAUCGGGCUGGUCUUAGACCGUAGUGGGCGUAGAAGCAUGGGCAUUAGCUUCUUGAUCAUGAAUUGAGGAGCACGGCUCGCAUGAUGCACAGCUUAACGGGAUGCGUACGUGAAAAGGUGAACACGAUCAGGUAUUCAAAUAGAAUUGAUGACCACCAACCAUCCCAACACACAUCUAAAAAUCUCCGCAAAGAUAGGUAUGGAUACAAGUUCUAUAUCUAACCCGCAUUCUGCGCUCUCCAUCCCA